AUGUACUUGACCACUAUUUUUGGAAACCUGCUCAUCAUAUUAGCCAUCAUCUCCAACUCCCACCUCCACACACCCAUGUAUUUCUUUCUCUCUAAUUUGUCUUUCAUUGACAUAUGCUUCACUUCGACCACCAUCCCCAAGAUACUAUUCAAUAUACAGACACAGAGUAGAGUUAUCACCUAUCAAGGCUGCCUCAGUCAGUUGUAUUUUUUCAUACUCUUUCUAGGGAUGGACAACUUUCUUCUGUCCAUAAUGGCCUAUGAUCGUUUUGUGGCCAUUUGUCACCCCCUGCAUUACACAGUUAUCAUGAACCCCCGGCUCUGUGGAACCCUGCUUUUAGUGUCCUGGAUCUCUGUUGUCUCCUUGUCCUAUUGUACAGCUGUUGGUGUGUAUCUGAGCUCUGCUGUUUCUAAGGACUCACACCCCAGUGCCAUUGCCUCUGUAAUGUACACAGUUGUCAUGCCCAUGAUGAAUCCCUUCAUCUACAGUCUCAGGAAUAAGGACAUAAAGAGGGCUUUGAACACAUUCUUGGGGACAGCAGCCCUAAAACUAACCAAUGUCCUGGGUCUUAAGAAGCAUCCAUGA